GCCUCGGGCGAGCCGUUGGUACGGUCCGGCAUCCGACGGGCUCCUUCCAGCAUCCUUCAUCCUUCGGGUACCAGCCGGAGCGGCGGGGCCGGGCGGCGGCCGGGACCGACCCCCACCGUGCUCUCCGUCGCACCCGGCGGGCCCUCGGCGCCCGGCUCCGGCCCGAGAGCGAGGGGGGCGCGGCGGGUCUCCGGCCCCUCCAACCGACGCCCCCGCUUCUGCCGCCUCCGGCCGUCACCGCCCACGUCCAGAGCCAGAAUGAAAGGGGAAACACCUGUAAACAGCACCAUGAGCAUCGGGCAGGCCCGCAAGAUGGUGGAGCAACUCAAGAUCGAGGCCAGCAUGUGCCGGAUCAAGGUGUCCAAGGCGGCGGCCGACCUGAUGACGUAUUGCGACGCGCACGCCUGCGAGGACCCCCUCAUCACCCCGGUGCCCACUUCGGAGAAUCCCUUCCGGGAGAAGAAGUUCUUCUGUGCCCUUCUCUGAAUUCCCGCCCCCUCCCCGGCCGCCCCCUCCCUCUCCUCCCGGAUCUUUCCGGCCCCGACCCCUUCCCCGGUGUCCACGAUAAUAAGGUCGGCGUGUGUUAGGCGCUUACUAUGUGCGGGGCACUGUUCUAAGCACUCCACGACCCGCUCCUCGAGGCUCCCCCUCCACCGCCCCCCCCCCCCCCCCGGCUCCCGAAGCACAAAGCCCCCACGAUUGCCAGCCCCACCCCACCUCCCACUUGGCCAACUGCAAGGAGGGCCCCGUCCGAGGGAGGGGUCCCUCCCCGCCCCCCAGCCCCAUCGAUGGGCCCCCACACUCCUAGGGGACGGAGGGGGAGGGGAGGCCGGGCCCGGGUCCCCCUCCUCACCCGGAGGCUGCUGGAAAAGUCAAACCGAUUGGGGGAAUAAAGUCAUCCGGUGACGGAGGGCA